CAACCAUGGCACGCGCCUUUCGAGUGCCAUUCGCCUUCUUUCCUUCUUUCCUUCUUGUUUCCCUCUUCCUUCACUUCUACGACUCCUGCAACAUCGCACGAGCUGGUAACUGGCUAACGGACCCUUUGCGCUCUGUUACCCACACUGCGACGUCUGAACCAGGCUCUAAUACUCGUCUCUGAGCAUCAAUCCAUCAAUCAAUCGACAUCUCGUUCCACUGGCCCCCACUCGCGCCCACUCUCCUAAAGACUCUGAGUCUGAGCUGCUUGUUAAUAAGCCAAUCAACCGUUCAAUCAAGUCCACCUAACCAGAGAUACUACCUGUCAAGCGCACAGUCGUCACAGUGGUUCCUGCUCUUGCCUUCAUCAGCGGGAAGGAACUUGACUUCCAAUUCAUUACGAGUGUGUAGCAAUUCAAUUGCGACCCAAUCUAUCCCCAAUUGGACAUCCAUUGAAAGCACGGGAAAGAGUCCGUCAUUGAUGCUAGUGCUGGUUUGUUACCAAGCCGAGACAAAGGCGACUCCUUUCUUUGCUUUGCUUCCUCCAUCUUGAACUCUUCUCCUCAUGCUUAGCAUUGCUGCGCGCACAUAAUUGAGCGGACUGCACCUGCUCUGUUGCAACUUAACGCAAGAUAUACUUUUAUUAUAAAAGUAUCAUUAUACUCUGACUCCCUCUAUUAACUUUUUGUUGCCUGGCGUGUGUCGUCGUUUUUGCAUUUUGCAUGCGCACACGCGCAAACUCUCGUCUCUCCUGUCUACAUACAUGUUCUGGGUUUGCUCAAGAGAGCAUUCUACAAUUGUUUUCCUCAAGCAAACCUCUUCAGGCCAGUUCACACACUUGCGAACUCACCCUGAAAUACUGUAUGUUUCUGCCCGCUGCGCCCCAGGCCAUCCAGUGAUCCCCGUCUUCAGCCAUUGGCAACCUGGCAGGCAUAGGCUGCUUUUGCUUCUCUGCCACAUCAUCAAGCUCUCGACCGACCCUCAAAAGUCGUCAGGUUGCGGCCAAACUAAUUGCCCACUCGACUGGCUCGAGAGUCAUUGCUUUCAAAAGUCAUACGGUCUGGUACGGUGCCCGUCCCACAGAUCGAACAACCCGCGGCCCUAUUACUGUUUCUCGGAGCCUUCUGCCUUCCUUGGAAUUCUCUGUUGAGGCCCCAUUGCUUUGCACCUCGCACUCUAUUCAUUCACCCAUAUCGACAAUCGCAUGUCGACUUGCAACAAUUGAAUUGCACUGCACUUUUACAGUCAUACGGUUGUCCCCCAUUGAGUGUACCCCUGGACCCGCCUGUUGAGUGCCCAGACACUCCUAUCACCCCAUACCCAUAUCAGCAUUGACAAUUGUACCUACGUGCACUUACACAGUAUUCUCAUAAGAACUGCCCUUUCCACUUUCUCUUCCAUCAUCCUUCUCUUUUUUAAAGAAGGAAUCAUCUUUGACACUCUUCAAUUCGUCUCGGAGGUAAACACAAUUCGUCACUAAACGCCGAAGCAAACUCCGCUGCCUUGGGUCGACAGUCCUGCGCUACAACUCCUCACAUCUUACUCACAAGCACCAAGGGACUGGGAGGGUCUCGUCAAGAUCCCACACCCCCCCUCCUUAUAACUCCGCCCUCCUCGCCCCCCCCUCCAGUUUCGCCGCCCUGUUGCUGCCUACUCUGGUCUAGGCGCCCAUCCAGUCACUGACAGCGCACUUACAUACACUUUUGGGUUGGGCAUACGCAAACAAAGUCGACAAGACUCAUUCGGGCUUAUUCAGGCUUUUCGUCUGAGCCUAUUAAUUGAGAGCCCCUCGCCCUUUUAGAUUGUUCUAAAAGGUCUCAACGGUUUCGCCACACUCCCUAUUGUCCACGUCACAGCCAUUGUGACUGACUGAUUGCAUCUCGUGGCUGACAAACCACUUUCGCUUUAUCUGCGCCAUGCAACCUUCUACCACUUUCGACGACAAUACAAUCUCGUCAGUCAAAUUGCAGACUGAACGAACUUCGUCUCUCUCCUCUAUUCAAUCUCUUCCUUUUCACUACUCACCAUCCGGCCCCUCAAACAGCACAAACAACACCACAACAAUGGCGGCCAAUUCUCCUCACAACGCGCAAGCGACCAGCGCAAUGCCUCCUCCAGCCCAUCCUGCCUCAACCCCUUCCAAGAUGCAUAUCAACAGUCUGAUGUCGCCUCCAGACCAGGCACACGAUAGCUUCUAUUACCACACCGGAAAGGUCGACGACUCCUCCAGCAAGAACGCUUCAGGAAAGCCUCCAAUGUCUCCUCCCAUCUCGCCUUGCAACAGACCGAUGGCCACCACCGAGACACCAACAAACUCAAUCCAGGACCCCGUCCUCUACCCAUCCGAUGAGGUGCCUUCCAGUCCGGCCCAGACUCCUCUAUUUCCAACCCUUGAGGAUCGUGACCAUAGUCGAACGAUUGAGGAACACAUGCAAAAGAAUAUCAACGACAAGAUUUUUGUUGAGGUGCAACCCCCGACACGCAACGACUAUGAGCUUGUGGCGUCGUUUCAAUCGCAACUCAACAAAAACUACGAACUUAACCCAAAGGCAUGGAUGCUGUCAGUGAAUAAGCAGGCUCGUGACGACAAUCGUCGCAUCGCUCAAGCCAAAGCACGCGCUCGUCCCUUGGCAGCCAAGGCCGCAAAGAUAUCUCGGCCUCGCCCCGAUAAUCGUGUUCAGAAACCUACCCAGCGAUUCAUUCGCGCCCAACCUACCAAUAGCCCUAAACGGCCAACGCCUCAACUCGGCGCCAAUGGUACCGCUGAGCCGAAACCUCGCGCUCAAGGCCCAGACAAGGAUUUUGAAUCACUGCCGGACUUCUGUCCACCAUUGAGCACGCUCCCCGACAGAUCGACCAUUCUCAAAGUUGAUUGGAAGGGACAGCCACUCGACAACAGCAACGAUCCUCAUCGACAUCUUCUUCAUCCUGACGAAUUAACGCUGGCAAGCAAUCUGCGCCUUGACUGUGCGACGUACCUGGCCAGCAAGAGACGCAUCUUCAUUAGCAGACUUUCCUGUUAUAAGCGAGUGAAAGACUUCCGCAAGACCGACGCCCAACAGGCUUGCAAGAUUGAUGUCAACAAGGCCUCCAAGUUGUGGACUGCCUUUGACAGAGCCGGCUGGUUUCACAAGGGAUUCAUGGAGCCAUUUCAGAACACCAAGCUGAACUAGUGCCCUUCGCAAAGUUGGACACCUUCGAACCUCGAUCGCCACGGCCUAGCUUGUCCUUUAUUUGCAGCUUGUCUUCUGAGCAACGAUGUUUGUGACGGGAGUUUCAUUUCAUUUCAUUUUAUCGUUCUCUGCUGAACCCAUAUGGUUGGAUCAGUAUACGAGAAUCAAUCGGAAUCACGGCACAUUUAUUUUUUUCCUUUGGGCGAUACACCAUAGCAUUAGGGACUCUUAUCUUCAUGAUACCCGGAGUGCAUAUAUACCUGACCCUGACCCCUUUGCGAUCAUGUCACACCACUCCACAGUUUUCUUUUAUUUCAUUUUCUAUCACGGGUUCCGGUCUUGUCUUGUCCACCUCGCCCCUCUGAAGUCAUGUCAUCUUCGAGGUUGUCAUGGGUGAGAGAUUGUGGACAGCGAGGUACAGCAUGGAUGGAUGUAUGGCGUUUUUGUGUAUGGCACCUCCCAGCAGACUGGGGAGAAGGGAGCCAUUUUAUUUGGAUUACCAGGAUGCAAGCGUUGUGCGUACAUGUGAUGGCUAGUCAAGGCCGUGGACUUGAACAUCACUGGAUGGUUUUAGGUCAACAAGUAUCGACUGUAUGCGGGCGCGCGCCUAGGCAGAGGCACAACCUUCUGACCAUGAGCAGAGAUUGGAUUACGGUUACCCUUUCGAAGGGACUAGCUAGACAAUAGCGAAAUGAAUUGUUUACUCAAGCAUUUAUUGCAUUGCCAUGUUUGUGAGCGAGAUGGAUGAGAAUGCUGACC